CGCGAGCUCCUCCGCCACAACAGAUGGAUCUCUCGCGCUCUCCUCCUCCUCCUCCCUCCGCCACCACCAGCUCCGGGAUGCACGCGCCCCAGUGAUUGUUUCCCACGGCAGGAGAGAGCACGAGCGAGUUGACGGAGGAGUUUACCGUUAACGGACAGUUGAGGAGAAGACGGAGGAGGAGGAGGAGGAGGCGGAGGAGAAGCACCGGAGAGCCUGCGUCCUCGGGUUUGCUCCCUCUUUCUGGUGACUCAACAACAGCAUAGUCUUCACUACGCUCCUCUCAUGCUUACUGAGAAUGGAUGACACACAGGACGGAGUUCCGAUUGGAGAGAACAAGUUCAUCAGCAAGGUAACCAUCCUCUCACAUCUCAAGACGUACAACCUCUACUAUGAAGGACAGAAUCUACAGCUCAGACACAGAGAGGAGGAGGGGGAGCUGAUUGUCGAGGGCUUGCUUAAUAUCUUCUGGGGCCUGCGGCGACCAAUCAGGCUUCAGAUGCAGGAUGACCACGAGCGGAUCCGACCACCCCCCUCCUCUACGUCCUGGCACUCGGGUUGCAAUUUGGACAGUCAAGGUUCUCCCAACAGCACAGAUGGUCAACAGGCGACAGAGCAGAGCCCGCCCACAGUGGAAGUGACGCCACCUGACGACCAACCAGACAACAACGGUGUGAUGGAAGAGGCAGAGGAGGACAGUGAGAGCUCCGCUCAGCUCCUCAGGACAAAGAGUGAUGCCGGGGUGUUAAGACGGGGCCAGCGACGGUCACCCAGCGACCAGAGGAAAAUUCGACGCCAUCGCUUCUCCAUCAAUGGACACUUCUACAACCAUAAGACAGCCGUGUUUACUCCUGCUUAUGGCUCAGUGACUAAUGUCCGGAUUAACAGCUGCAUGAGGACGCCUCAGGUGCUACGAGUUCUUCUCAACAAGUUCAAAAUUGAAAACAGCCCAGAUGAUUUUGCGAUCUACCUCGUCCAUGCAAGUGGAGAGCGCGUGAAACUGAAGCGGAGCGACUAUCCUCUGGCGCUGAGAAUAAUGCAGGGUCCGUGUGAGCAGGUCUGCAAGGUUUUCCUCAUGGAAGAAGAUCUGGGAGAAGAAGUCACAUAUGAUGUGGCGCAGUAUAUCAAGUUUGAAAUGCCUGUCCUGCAGAGUUUCAUCACCAAACUGAAGGAGGAGGAGGACAGAGAGGUGCAGAAACUCAGGAGGAGGUAUACGUACCUGCGGUGUAUAAUUGAGAAGCAGAUAAGUUGUCUUCCAGACGGGGCGACAUGUAUGUGAUCAGACUGUAAAAACCUCUCCCAGAGCAUCAUAUCCUCCACCCAGCUGUGACCAAGAAUCAACAGACAAAAACCUAAUGUGUGUGUUUCAGCGAUUACCCUGCUCCUCUGCAUGGGAUCUUUUCAAAUCAUCCGAUCUGUCAACAAACUGUCAAACUUGCUAAAUUGUGUGCACGUUAGGUGUGACCAGUAGUCUUGGGAGUCAUGACGGCUCUUGUAAAGUGUCUUAAUUUUAUCUCUUUUUUGUUUUUAUUUCUCUAUUCCUCAUAAUCAGCACAUACAGUACAUACAGAAAGACAUUCCUCUAAUCCUGAGUCAUUUUAACCUUUUUGUAGUGCAGUACUUUGCAAAAAUGAGCCUAAAAUGAGACAAGCUGAUACCCCAAAUGAAUUUAAAGCACAAACUUUGAAUAAUAUGGUCUUGGUAAAGUGCCUGUUAAAAGGUUUCUCUGAGCACAAAGACACAUACGGAAAAUUCUGGAGGUUUUCCCUGGAAAGUACGCAACAGAGGUGAAACCACAACAGACCAGUGACCAUGCAGUUUCAGUCAAUGUGAAAUCAACCAGACCACAAAGAAAACGGUGGAUCCUCAAAAGAUGACAGCAUCCAGUCCCAUAAUGCACUGGAUGCUGCCAUGUGCGUGCCUUUAUGUUACUUGCUGUCUGAGAAUUUGCGAACAAUUGUAACUGAAGGCAUCUAAUCGACCCUCUCCAUUUCGUCGCAGCUGAGAAGUUCACUGCAGGGAUUAUUGAGGGACGUGUGAACAGAUAAUCUGUUUAUGUUGUGAUCAUCAGUCUGUUGGUGAACUGAUUGUGACAACUGUCUGUCUGCAGGCAUUCAAACUGAAUGUCUUUGAUGUUUUGGGAAAAACAGAGUGAGAUGUUCGAUGUUAAGACAAAGACUGUUGGCUAAAAACACCUCCCAGCACUUCUAAAGCUCACUGAUCAACACGUUGUUUGGCAUCAUUUAAUCUGGAAAACUGUUUUACAGGGGGGUUAUGUGUCAGAUCAGUCCUGUCAGUGUGUCACUGUAAAACCCAGAAAUUUGUUGUUUAAAUAAACAUGUUAAUCAGUGACUUUUAGCAUGCUGGCAGGUGGAUUUUGUUACCUUUGGACAGAGCCAGCCCAGCUGUUUUCCACUGUUCCCAGUCUUUGUGCUGAACUGUUAGCUGGUGCUUCAUAUUUAGCAUAUAGACAUGAAAGUCUAACUUCUAAUCAAACAAAUAUGCCCCCCCCCCCCAUAAUGUCAGUUAUAAUUUACCACUUAGGGGUUCUCUGUUGAUGUAUCACUGCCUUAUGUAAUACGGCAAGAAGAAGACGUCAUGCUGAGAUUUUAAAAGCACAGUUAAAUUAGACAGAUGACUGCUUCGAUUCCAUGUACAAACUUACGUAUUUUUCAUUGAACAGUUUAUGACACGAGAAACAUGAGACUGUGAAUUACGACGAGCAUUGAUGGAAGAGUGUUGUAAAUGUAUGAAUGAGCAUUUAAAAGCAGUACAGUUUGCCUCCACGAGUACAUUGCUAUGCAUACAUUUGCUCUUGUCCGUGUUCGUUGAAUAUUUCUAACAUCGUUGUUGAAAAGGUCAUUACGAGUAUGUGUGUGUGAUUCUGAGAGCGUGCAUGUUGUAUUUUUAGUGACUCUUAAGACUUGCCUGCUUUUGUAUUGUGUCUUUUACAAAAUAAUGGAGGAACUUUAGUCUUUAAGAUGUUAAGAUUUCAUGCCACUACUUGGAAAAAGUAGGGUUUUUUUUCUUACAAUGAUUGUUAUUUAAUAAAAAAUGUUAAAAAGUUA